UAUAUAUAUAUAUAUUUUUUUUUUAUCUCAGUAAGGAAUCUGUUAAACUUAAGUGGUUUAUGUUUUUUUGUAAACGUUGAUAAAGAGGAUAUUAACAUUCAACUUUGAGGAAGUGCAUGUAUAACACAGAAUGACUCCCUUGCUGUAUAAAGAUGCCUUUUGGGGAGUUGAUUUCACUAAUCAUCAGGGCUAUGAGGUUCUGAUUCAGAGACUAUGUGAUGGCAGGCGGAUGUGCAAAGAUGUGGAGGAACUGCUGAAGAUGAGGGCCAUGGCAGAAGAGAGGUAUGGGAAGGAUCUGGUGACAAUAGCACGUAAAGCUGGGGGGCAGACAGAGAUCAGCACUCUGAAAGCCUCCUUUGAUCAACUAAAAACACAAAUUGAAAACAUUGGGAAUCUGCAUAUCCAGCUAUCCGGAAUGUUACGGGAAGAGAUGAAGAAGAUGGAAAUAUUCAGAGAGCGACAGAAAGAACAGAGGAGGAAGUUUGAGGGGAUUAUGGAGAAAGUUCAGAAGAUGAAGGUGUCCUUAUACAAGAAGACCAUGGAGUCUAAGAAGUCCUAUGAGCAGAAAUGUAAAGAAGCAGACGAGGCAGAACAGCUUGCUGACAGAAGCACCACAGCCACAACAACAAAACAGUCUGAGAAGGUACAACACAAGGCCAAGCAAUGCAGACAAGCCGUCGCUGAAGCAGAGAAACAAUACAUGUUGAACGUAGAGCAGCUGGAGAGCGUUCGUCAGGACUGGGAGGGAACACACAAGGGCACGUGUGAGGUGUUUCAGCAGCAGGAGGUGGACCGCAUCACUAUCCUGAGGUGUGCCCUCUGGGACCACUGUAAUCACUUCUCUGUGCAAUGUGUCAAAGAUGACGAGUUUUACGAGGAGGUGAGGAAUACUCUGGAGAUGUGUGACAUCACAGCAGAUAACAACUGUUUCAUAGAGAUGAAGACAACAGGUUCAAGCCCACCAGACCCCGUUAUGUUUGAGAACUACUAUGAGAGGGAGCCAACGGGCGACAACAACGGCAGCGCUCACUUCGGAGGGGGAGGGGUCAGGAAAAGAUUCUCCAUGAGUAUCAGUGAGGGUUCAACUUCAGAGCCAGCAGCGCCACCUGUUGGUCAAACAGUGCCUGAGAGUUCAGAUGGAGUGUAUUCAUCCAUACCUGGCUUCCAGUCUGCAGCUGCAGCUGCCCUGCCUGCAGUGACAACUGAUGAGGAUGAUGAUGAUGAUGAUACCUUCAUGGUGUUUUAUGACUACUCUGCACAGGACCCAUAUGAGCUGUCAGUGUCUAAAGGGGAUGUGGUGUUGGUGAUAGAACAGAGUGAAGACGGCUGGUGGACAGUGGAGAGAAACGGACGGGUUGGGCUGGUACCUGGCUCCUACCUGGCCAAAGUCUAGACAUAGUCACACACACAUCCAUGCAUGGACACACACAUGCACACGCACACACUCAUGCACACAGGUACACGGAUUCACACACACAUACUCAUGCACACUCACCCAUACAUACUGUAGUCUUCAAAACCUUACUAUGAGGACCCCUUUCUGCUUCUUACUCAAUGUUCUGAUCCUUGGUUGAAGACUUCAGAGUAAUAGAUUCUCCAGCAGUAGAGAUGACUCACUGAACUGACUCGGAACAUGAGUCAUGACUGUGUGUUCCCCAUUAACUAUUAGGCUAUGCUGCACCAGAGAUUGUCAGUCUUUUCACCCAACAGGCCUACUGCAUACAUACAGUGAUGUGAAAAAGUAUUCGCCCCCUUUCAGAUUUUCUCUACUUUUGCAAAUUUUUUAUACUGAAUUUUAUCAGAUCUUCAACCAAAACCAAAUAUUAGAUAAAGGGAACCUGAGUGAACAAAUAACAACAAUUGUAUACUUAUUUCAUAAACAAAGUUAUGCCCCUGUGUGAAAAAGUAAUUGCCCCCUUACACUCAAUAACUAGUUGUGCCACAUUUAGCUGCAAUGACUCCAACCAAAAGCUUCCUGUCGUUGUUGAUCAGUCUCUCACGUUGCUGUGGGGGAAUUUUGUCCCACUCGUCCAUGCAGAACUGCUUUAACUCAGAGAUGUGUGGGUUUUCAAGCAUGAACUUCUCAUUUCAAGACCUGCCACAACAUCUCAAUUGGGAUUAGGUCUGGACUUUGACUAGGCCAUUCCAAAACACAUUUGUUGCUUUUUAGCUCUUUUCAUGUCGACUUGUGAGUUUUGGAUCGUUGUCUUGAUGCAUAACCCAGAUGCAGCUCACAGACAGAUGGCCUGACAUUCUCCUGUAGAAUUCUGAUACAGACCAGAACUCAUGGUUCCUUCUAUUUAGUCAACUCGUCCAGGUCCUGAGGCAGCAAAGCAUCCCACUACCACCACACUUGACCGUGGGUAUAAGGUCCUUACUGUAGAAUGCAGUGUUUGGAUUUUGCUAGACAUAAUGGAACCCAUGUCAUCCAAAAAGUUAUACUUUUGACUCAUCUGUCCAUAGAACAUCAAAUCAAAUUUUAUUUGUCACAUACACAUGGUUAGCAGAUGUUAAUGCAAGUGUAGUGAAAUGCUUGUGCUUCUAGUUCUGACAAUGCAGUAAUAGAGUCUUGAUGAUCAUGCAUGUGCUUUUUUGCAAACUUCAAUCAACUUUUUGGAUGAUAUGGAUCCCAUUUGUUUUGUUUUGGAAUGGCCUAGUCAAAGUCCAGACCUAAUCCCAAUGUUAAUGUUGUGGCAGGACUUGAAACAUGCAGUUCAUGCUUGAAAACCCACAAAUGUCACUGAGUUAAAGCAGUACUGAAUGCAAGAGUGGGCCAACAUUCCUCCACAGCAAUGUGAGAUUGAUCAACUGGGGCGGCAGUGUAGCCUAGUGGUAAGAGCAUUGGACUAGUAACCAAAAGGUUGCAAGUUCAAAUCCCCAAGCUGACAAGGUACAAAAUCUGUCGUUCUGCCCCUGAACAGGCAGUUAACCCACUGUUCCUAGGCCGUCAUUGAAAAUAAGAAUUUGUUCUUAACUGACUUGCCUAGAGGUAAAAAGGUAAAAAAAAUAAAAAACUACAGGAAGCAUUUGGCUGUAGUCAUUGUAGCUACAGGUGGCACAAACAGUUAUUGAGUGUUGGGGGGCAAUUACUUUUUCACACAGAGAAAGUGGGUGUUGUACAACUUUAUUAAUUAAAUAAAAUAAAUUUUAAUUUGUCGUAAUUUGUAAACUCCGGCCCUUUAAUCUAAUAUUAGGUUUUGGUUGAAGAUCUGAAAACAUUCAGUAUCAAAAAUAUGAAAAUGUAAAAAUCAGAAAGGGGGCAAAUACUUCUUCUCAGCACUGUAGAGAAUCUCAGAUACCAUGCAGAAAACUAGUCAAACUUUAAACUGUAUCAAUUGUAAAUAUGUGUGAGGAUAAAAUAACUGCACUGGUCUACACCAACCUGAGAAGUGAUCUACAAGAGAAAGUAGAAGAGUAUCUGAAUCAAGACCAACAGCUGUACUGUAUUUUAUAUAUUAUUUAGUAUUUGAUAAAAUAUGUAAAUGUUUACUUUGAAGUUUCCUUAGUUUGGAUACAUUGAAAAGUGGUGCUUCAGUUCAUCAGUGAACAAUAAAACAUGUUUUAGUUUAAA